AUGGCUAAAGCCAACAGCUUAUGUGAACGUACAUCUCCCAUCCCCCUGGGACCACCAAGUCUCUCCCUCCCAGGGUACCAGCCAGCCGCCCGCGUCUUCCAGUGUGCUACCUGCCGCUUCGUGGACUGCCAAUUUCCCCUGGACUGCCCAGUGCAGGACAUGUGGGCCCAUGCAGAUGAAGCCAUCACACUGCACUGCGAUGUGCCCUUUGCCACCCCCCCCAACCUGCCCAUUACCUGGAUGUUUGCCAAGGACCUGCACACACAGGAUCUGGCACUGUUUGAGGAGCUGCAGGAGAGUGUGGAGGGACCUCUCAGUCUGACCCUCCGGGACCCCACUCCAGGAACCAUCGCCUGUCACCUGGGGGUCCUUUCUGAGCCUUUGGUCCGCAAGUACUUCUACCUCAAUGUGUCAGAGGGAAGCGUGAAGGCAGAUCAGGGGCUCCAGGCUCGGUUCCGAGCUGUGCUGCGCUGGCCCCACGGCAGGACCCCUCUGCACCACAUUGCAUCACUGGGGCUGGGGCUGGGGCUGGCACUUGGCUCCAUGGCGCUCGUACUGCUGCUGAUAAGAAAGAAAGCCAAGAAGGGGGUAGGACCCACUCACCCCACCCACUGCAGAGGGCACUACAAAUGCCUCUAUGAGACCUGCCGCUCCACAGCUUUGCGCUCCAGUGGGCAUUACUGCUUGGACGUCAUGGGUUGGCCCAAGGACUGCAGCGAGAUCCCCACUGGCAGCCCCAGCGGCGUCUACAUUAUCCAGCCCACAGGACUGCACCCCAUCAUGGUGUACUGCGAAAUGAAUGUGACAGACGGGGGCUGGACGGUCAUCCAGAGGAACCGGCAGAGCACGGAGGUCACCUGGGCUGAGUCCUGGAGCACCUACAAGUACGGCUUUGGGAACGUGCACACCGAGUACUGGCUGGGCACUGAGUACAUCCAUCAGAUCUCCAGGCAGAAGGUCUACCAGGUCAGGUUUGUCAUCUGGGAUGCCACAGACGACAUCAAGUUUGCAGACUACAACCUCUUCAGUGUGGAAGAUGAGUCCCAUGGCUACCGGCUGAGGCUGGGAAUGUAUUCGGGGACAGCGGAGGAUGCCAUGGACUCAGACAAUCCCAGGAAUGUGCACAACAACAUGAAGUUCUCCACAAAGGAUUGGGAUCAGGACACUUACAGAGGGAACUGUGCCUCCCGCUCUGGCGGCGGGUGGUGGUACUCAGCGUGUUAUUCUGUACAACUGAACGUGAAGGGGGCCAUAACGUGGGGCAGCCUGUGCAACAGGAACUGCAAAGCUUCUGCCAUCCUCAUCAAACCAGCUCCAUACCACUAG